AUGGCAGAGCUCCCUGUGACAGAACUGCCUGGCGAUGCUCUGUGCAGUGGGCGCUUCACCAUCAGCACACUGAUGGGAGGCGACGAGCCCCCACCCACUGCCUGUGACAGCAGCCAGCCCAGCCACUUGACACACGGCAGCACUUUGUACAUGCGCACCUUCGGUUACAACACCAUAGAUGUGGUGCCUGCCUACGAACACUACGCUAACAGUGCUCUGCCGGGUGAGCCCCGGAAGGUGCGGCCCACCCUGGCUGACCUGCAUUCAUUCCUUAAGCAGGAAGGUAGCCACCUGCAUGCCCUGGCCUUUGAUGGAAGGCCAGGCCAUGAGCUGACAGACGGACUUGUGGAAGACGAGACAGGCAUCAACAGCGAGAAGAGCCCUGGGGAACCUGUUCGCUUCGGCUGGGUCAAGGGGGUGAUGAUCCGAUGCAUGCUCAACAUCUGGGGUGUGAUCCUCUACCUGCGGCUCCCCUGGAUUACGGCCCAGGCGGGCAUCGUGCUGACUUGGCUCAUCAUCCUGCUGUCGGUCAUGGUGACAUCCAUCACUGGUCUCUCCAUCUCGGCCAUCUCCACCAAUGGCAAGGUCAAGUCAGGUGGCACCUAUUUCCUAAUUUCCCGGAGUCUGGGACCAGAGCUGGGGGGCUCCAUUGGUCUCAUCUUUGCCUUUGCCAAUGCUGUGGGUGUGGCCAUGCACACUGUGGGCUUUGCGGAGACUGUGCGGGACCUACUUCAGGAGUACGGCACCCCCAUCGUAGACCCCAUCAAUGACAUCCGCAUCAUCGGUGUGGUCACGGUCACUGUGCUGCUGGCCAUCUCGCUGGCUGGGAUGGAGUGGGAGUCCAAGGCCCAGGUGCUAUUCUUUCUUGUCAUCAUGGUGUCUUUUGCCAACUAUCUGGUGGGCACACUGAUCCCGGCAUCUGAGGACAAAGCUUCAAAAGGCUUCUACAGCUACCACGGGGACAUUUUUGUUCAGAACCUGGUACCCGACUGGAGAGGCAUCGAUGGUAGCUUCUUCGGCAUGUUCUCCAUCUUCUUCCCUUCGGCCACAGGCAUCCUGGCAGGGGCUAAUAUCUCUGGGGACCUCAAGGAUCCUGCUGUAGCCAUCCCCAAGGGAACACUCAUGGCCAUUUUCUGGACCACCAUCUCCUACCUUGCCAUCUCAGCUACCAUCGGCUCCUGUGUGGUGAGAGAUGCCUCUGGGGACGUGAAUGACACCAUGACUCCUGGCCCAGGCCCCUGUGAAGGGCUAGCCUGUGGCUAUGGCUGGAACUUCACAGAAUGCUCCCAGCAACGCAGCUGCCGCUAUGGUCUCGUCAACUACUACCAGACUAUGAGCAUGGUGUCUGCCUUCGCACCCCUGAUCACAGCCGGCAUCUUUGGGGCCACCCUGUCCUCUGCCUUGGCCUGUCUCGUCUCUGCUGCCAAGGUUUUCCAGUGCCUGUGCGAAGACCAGCUGUACCCUCUGAUUGGCUUCUUUGGCAAAGGCUAUGGCAAGAACAGGGAGCCUGUGCGUGGCUACCUGCUGGCCUACGCCAUCGCUGUGGCCUUUAUCAUCAUCGCUGAACUCAACACCAUCGCCCCCAUCAUUUCCAACUUCUUCCUUUGCUCCUACGCCCUCAUCAAUUUCAGCUGCUUCCAUGCCUCCAUCACCAACUCACCUGGAUGGAGACCCUCCUUCCGAUACUACAGCAAGUGGGCGGCGCUGUUUGGAGCAGUAAUCUCGGUGGUCAUCAUGUUCCUGCUUACCUGGUGGGCGGCUCUCAUUGCCAUCGGAGUCGUUCUCUUCCUCCUGCUCUAUGUGAUCUACAAGAAGCCAGAGGUGAACUGGGGCUCCUCAGUGCAGGCUGGCUCCUACAACCUGGCCCUGAGCUACUCUGUGGGCCUCAAUGAGGUGGAAGACCACAUCAAGAACUACCGCCCCCAGUGCCUGGUGCUCACAGGGCCCCCCAACUUCCGCCCAGCCCUUGUGGACUUUGUGAGCACAUUUACCCAGAACCUAAGCCUGAUGAUCUGUGGCCACGUGCUCAUUGGAUCCCGCAAGCAGAGAGUGCCGGAGCUCCGGCUCAUCGCCAGUGGACACACCAAGUGGCUGAACAAGAGGAAGAUCAAGGCCUUCUACUCUGAUGUCAUAGCUGAGGACUUGCGUAGUGGCUCCCAGAUUCUCAUGCAGGCCUCAGGACUGGGAAGAAUGAAGCCCAACAUUCUGGUGGUUGGAUUCAAGAAGAAUUGGCAGUCUGCCCACCCAGCCACCAUGGAGGACUACAUUGGCAUCCUGCAUGAUGCCUUUGACUUCAACUACGGAGUGUGUGUCCUGAGGAUGCGUGAGGGGCUCAAUGUCUCCGAGGCUCUGCAAGCUCACAACAAUCCCAUGUUUGACCCCAGAGAGGGAGGCAGGGGAGCCAGUAACAGAAGGACUAGGCCAUCUGUGUCUGGCAUGGCAGCCCCAGAGGCAUUGGUACAGGAGGAGCAGGCCAGCACCAUCUUCCAGUCGGAGCAAGGCAAGAAGACCAUUGAUAUCUACUGGCUGUUUGAUGAUGGAGGUCUCACCCUCCUCAUCCCCUAUCUCCUGCACCGCAAGAAGAGAUGGGGCAAAUGCAAGAUCCGAGUGUUUGUUGGGGGCCAGAUCAACAGGAUGGACGAAGAGAGAAAGGCGAUCAUUUCUCUGUUGAGCAAGUUCAGACUGGGAUUCCAUGAAGUUCACGUCCUUCCCGACAUCAACCAGAAGCCCCAAGCCGAGCACACCAAGCGGUUUGAGGACAUGAUUGCACCCUUCCGCCUCAAUGAUGGCUUCAAGGACGAGGCCACUGUCGCUGAGAUGAGGAGGGACUGCCCCUGGAAGAUCUCAGAUGAGGAGAUUAACAAGAAUAGAAUUAAGUCCCUCCGGCAGGUGAGACUGAAUGAGAUUCUCCUGGAUUACUCUCGGGAUGCUGCUCUGAUCAUCCUUACCUUGCCCAUAGGAAGGAAGGGGAAGUGCCCCAGUUCACUGUACAUGGCCUGGCUGGAGACCCUGUCUCAGGACCUCAGACCUCCCGUCCUCCUUAUCCGAGGCAACCAGGAGAACGUGCUCACCUUUUACUGCCAGUGAUGCCUGGUGUGGCGGUUCCUGCCCAAAGCUGAGGGCUUAGGGUGGAGUCAGAACUCACCCUCUCCGGCUGGAGAAGAGGCUUCAGGUUCUGCUCUGUCAUCACAUCUGCCUGUGCCUCUGCAGAAGAUGGUGUUUCCAAGCUGGCUGAGUCCCAUCAGACACACUUUCUGGACCUUGAAGCUUCAUGGAAAAGUCUCUGGAAGAUUCUCUCUCUUUUUAAAAAGCUUUUGUCUUGAUGACCAAA